AUGGCUCUCUCCUUCUUUGCGUUAGCAGUUGUCCUAUAUCUCAGUCUAGAAAUCGAGGAGGGUUCUCCAAAUCUGUCUUUCGCAGCCGCCCCCGCUGCCGAUGCCGUACAGGUUCGUGAAGCACCUCUCCCUUCCAGUUCUCUGCUUCCAUGCCCUCCCUCGGAUCUUGCAGCAGUGUGCCGCGUCUUUUGAUUUGUCGAUUUGAUCAUGGCAGAUUACCUAUGGAACGACUCUCAAGCUGAUGCACGAGAGGACCAAAUUCCGUCUCCAUUCCCACAACGUUCCCUACGGAUCGGGGAGCGGCCAGCAGUCGGUCACGGGCUUCCCUAACGUUGACGACUCCAAUAGCUACUGGGUACGCGUACAUAUCUACCCCGGCAUCCCCAAAUAUCACAUUCCCCAUUUUCUUUGCAAUUCAACGUGGCAUUUUUCACAUAGAUUUUUAGUUUCACGUCCACUUUUAGUCCGGAAUUGUAGUUUCACGUCCACGGUCACUCGACGAGAUAUUUUGGGCAUCUAACUUUUAGGGAAGAUCUUCGUACACCAUGCCUUGUCGGAAUUAAGUGAGCUGUGAUUGGAACUCCUUGACUUGCUUAUAUUUGCCCAUUAAGCCAGAAGCGAAGUAUUUAAAUUUUUUGAGGAGAGAGGUUGCCCCAUUUUAUUCCCUAUAAGGCAACGUCUGUGGAAAUGGACGCUUACCAAGACGAGUCUUAGGUCAUUCAGAAUAGUAGACCAACCUCAGAGGCUGUACAGCACAACUCUCCCCGAGAAAGAAGAAAGUGCUGUAUAACUCCCUCGUUAUUGGAAUACGUCAAAUAUAGCCAUCGAUUUAUUUUAGUCAUCACUCCGUUUUACACACCAAGUCAAACCAAGUUGUAUGUUUAUUAAUUUACAAUUCUGAGCUUAGUUAUGUAUAACGAUGUCUGGAAUGCCAAGGCAUAUAUCAAGUCGAGGGAUUAUGAUCCUGAUCAUGCUACGAGGUGACUUUUUACAUACCUUGCGUUGUAAACGGGGAAUCCUUAUGUUCUAAUUGUUGCAGUAUUCUUUAUAUGGCGGUAGGAUUGUUUCAAAAUGGCUGCUAACAACGGAAGAUUUUGAACCCAGUCUAAAUGAUCGGACCUUUUUUAUCUCCUUUCAGGAAGACAACAAUACUGCUGUCUACUCGUGAUUAUGUACAUAAUUGCCUCCUUGGAACUGCCCUACCUUUUUUUUCUUUUUUGAAAACUAUGCAGCUUCUGAUUAUUAUUUCUAGAAAACUGCAUCUAAGCUUGGCUAUAGUGGAUGUGAAGUGAUAAGAUCAAUCGAAGCUCAACCAAAAGUUUGUCUGCAUUUACCAGCAAAGUCACCCGCAUCUCUGCUUGAGAACUACAUGCCCGAGAAAUUUUGAGCAGCUACCAACCCAUCCAAGUUACGCACACUCAUCUUGUGUGUACCCUGCCCUGAAAGAUCUGUCUACUAUUCCUCCGUGUAUAUUUUAAUUCAUUGUAGGUUGGUUAACGCGAUUAGUGGAGGAGUUGGAGAUUCUUUAUCCUAUCCAGUCACAUAAACGUGUGGUACCCCUCUUUGAUGUGCUAGUUCGUUCAGGGUAAAACAAUAACAGAGUCCCUUAUGUCAUAGUGUUUCUCAUAUCCAAGUGCUUAUAAAAACUUCCUAAACAUGGAUGAUAAUCUAUUCCUCUUAUGAAGCAAAGAAGAACAUCCCUCAAGGUGAAUGGUCUCCCAAACCUCGUACAGGCUUCAUCUAACUCAUUCACCAACAUGAUCGUGGUGGAAUGGUGUAACAUCAAACAUUUUUUCUAUCCUGUCAAACGCCAUUAUUACGUAAUAAAGGGGCCACUGUCUAUUGUAUAUGAAGUUGCUGUUGUAGAUCCUUCUGUGCUAAUUUCCUACUUCGUAGUUGUAAACUGUAUGAGAAAUGCUGCUGUACUGGUUGUCAUGAAACCUCAGCCUUAUCUUUACCCACAUCAGUUCAAUACUAUUGCUGAUUUUACUUCUUUAUCAAUGUAUUUCGAACCCUGUUGGGGGCACUGCCUAUUUUGCUAUUCUGCUCAGGAUGGAGGAAGCCUCCCCUGAUAUGAACGCGCACGUUUGGUUUUUCUUCAUUUUCACAUGAUUUUGGGAUUUUCACUUAUUUACAGUUUCAUGAAUUCGGUUUUUUUUUUCUCAUUCAGCAUGGACAGUUUAGUUUCUUAAAACAAUCUGAUGGUUCAUGUGAUGUUCUUCAAGUAGUGUGAAACGAUCUUUCACAUUCUAAUUUUGCACUCAAAAUCUGUAGAUCGUGAGGCCUGUGCUGGAUUCAUCUGCGAAGCAAGGGGAUCCCAUUAAAAGUGGAACUUUGAUCCGGCUGCAGCAUAUGAGAACUAGAAAAUGGCUGCACAGUCAUUUGCACGCUUCCCCAAUCUCUGGGAACCUGGAGGUAUGGAAACGGAAAUAUUUGGCCUUCCUGUUGAUACCAAAUGUGACUACAGUUCUGUGUAAUAUUACUUUAUUUAGCAAAAAAAAAGAUGCAUCAAUCGCUCACCCAGAGAAAAACCUACAAAUUAUUCACGUUAAAAAUCGCAACAAAAAAAUUAAUGCUACAUUUAUAUGUAGAUAUAUUAUCUCAGAAAGUGCAACACCAGAUAAUGGUUCGUUUUCGGUGAACGCCCACAGGUGAGCUGCUUUGGAGGAGACCAAGAGUCAGACACUGGAGACUUCUGGCGGUGGGUCUCUCUUCUUCUGCAUGAGUCAGUGCGCUGAGAUUGAGCAACACUGGCUCAUUGAUACCUUCUGCCAUGGCUGCUGUUUUCCAGGGUCGAGAUCGAGGGAAGUGGGAAGACGUGGACGCAAGACCAGAGGAUUAGAUUGCAGCACGUCGACACUGGUGGUUACCUGCACAGCCAUGACAAGAAGUACUCUCGGACUGCCGGCGGGCAGCAGGAGGUAUGAAAAUCUCGAGAAGCUUUUAUCAGAAAUUCUGAAUCUAUUAAUCUGAUUCUUUCCGAUGACCAAUUUCUGGGAGAUUUCUUUGGAAAUCCUGAAUUGGAAAAUAUGACUCCAUCCGAUGAUUCAUUUCUAAGAGGUUCAUUAGAUAUUCUAAAUCUGAAAAAAGGUCUGACUAUAUCCAAUGAAUCUCGAAAAAUGGCCUCCCCAAUUAUUUUUUUCUAGGAAUUUUCAUCAGAAAUUAUGAAUGAAGAAGUCUAGUAUUCUCGUGAUUCAUUUGUAGAAAUUUUCAUCUGGUAUGUCUAUGAUUCAUGUCGAGGAAUUUUCAUUAGAAAUUCCGAAUCUAGAAAUCCAGUCUUCCGAUGAUUCAUUUAUGGAAAAUUUCGUCUGAAAAUUAACCUAAAUAUCUAGUCUUUCCAAGGAUUUAUUCGAAGCAAUUUACAUCAAAUUCUUUGAAAAUGCUGAAUCGGAAAAUAUGACUCGAUCUGAUGAUUCAUUUCUAGGAGAUUCAUCAGAUAUUCUGAUUCAAUAAAUCUAACUAUAUCCAAUGAAUCUCGAAAAAUGCCCCCCCCCCAUUAUUCAUCUAUAAGGGGUUUAAAUCAGAAAUUGUGAAUGAAGAAAUCUGGUAUUCUCGCAAUUCAUUUGUGGAAAUUUUCGUCUGGUAUGUCAAUGAUUCAUUUUAGGAAUUUUUAUUUAUGGAAAAUUUCGUCUGUAAAUUGGAAUCUAAAUAUCUUGUCUUUCCGAGGAUUUACCCGAAGUAAUUUAAAUCUCCAGCUCUUUUUGGUGAUCAAAUCUUUGUUCCGUCUAGUUUUCUGCUUGUUCUUGACACUCAUCUUUCUACCUUCCCACAGGUUUGUGGAGUGAGAGAGAAGAAGUCAGACAACGUCUGGCUGGCGGCUGAGGGUGUGUAUCUUCCGGUCAACACGGAGAAGUCAGCUAGCUCCUGA